GCAGGACAUACACUGCAGAGUGUCAGAGCGGCGGGAGCCUCCGCUCCCAGCUGCCUCUCUCUUUUUCUUUCUUUCUUUCUUUCCUUCUCUCACACACAUACACGCAUCAAUCCCAGCACAGCCCCUCCACCCCCACCCAUCCCAUCCACAGCCCACCUGUCAACUUAGCCUGCUGGUCUGGCAGCUGAAGCGCCUUUUCUCUGAUUGGAGCCAAAUAAUCCAGCAAGAAACCCCUGUACUGCCAGGCAGCCCGAUUCCAGCUCUGCAGGAAGAAGGGGUCUGGGCUCUGAGCUGGCUUUGCUUCUCUUCCAUUUCCCUCCAAAGGGGUGGUGUUUUUUGCUAUUCAACCCCACCCCCAACCUCCUGUGGUUAGGGUCUUGCACCCUUACCUUUACCACACACCUGGAAGCCCCUCCCCCACCUGCAAUUCCUUCAUCAAGCUGGCACAUCGGAUACCCAUGGCCAGCUCUGAGGCUCGUGGUGGCCUGCAACGAUUGUCAACGGGGCUGUGCCACUGAAAGGGGAAACCCCAGCCGACAUCACAAGACAGAGAGAGCCGGGGGCAGGGGACACAUCCAGCGGCCUGGGCCAGAUCGCCUCUCCGUGGCUCUGUGGACAUCCCUGCUGCCAGCAUGAUGAUGUAUUUCUGGGGCAACCAGGACGCCACGGCUCCGCCUGACGCGAUGGCCCAGCCCUACCCUCCAGCCACAUACCCACCACCCCCACAGAACGGCAUCCCUGCAGAGUAUGCUCCUCCUCCGCCACACCCACACCCAGCACAGGAUUACUCAGGGCAGAGCACAGUACCUGAGCAUGCCUUGACUCUCUAUACGCCAGCACAGAGCCACUCUGAACAGCCGGGCACUGACGCCAGCACGCAGUCCAUAUCGGGCACACAAACAGUACCGCAGACAGAUGAAGCGGCACAGACAGACAGCCAGACGCUACACCCGCCGGACAGUGGCUCCGAUAAGCAGCAGCCAAAACGGUUACAUGUGUCCAACAUCCCUUUCCGCUUUCGGGACCCUGACCUGCGGCAAAUGUUUGGGCAAUUUGGAAAGAUCCUGGAUGUUGAGAUCAUUUUCAAUGAACGUGGCUCCAAGGUCAACAAUGCCACAGCACGGGUAAUGACAAACAAGAAGGCAGCCAAUCCCUACACAAACGGUUGGAAGCUGAACCCUGUAGUGGGCACCGUCUAUGGCCCGGAGUUCUAUGCAGUGACAGGUUUCCCAUACCCAACCACAGGAACAGCAGUAGCGUACCGAGGGGCACACUUACGGGGAAGGGGCCGCACAGUCUACAACACGUUUCGGGCGGCUCCCCCGCCACCUCCCAUCCCCACUUACGGAGCAGUGGUUUACCAGGACGGAUUCUACGGUGCUGAAAUUUAUGGAGGUUACGCAGCCUACAGAUAUGCCCAGCCUGCAGCAGCAGCAGCAGCUUACAGCGACAGUUACGGCAGAGUUUACGCAGCUGCAGAUCCUUACCAUCACACCAUCGGCCCUGCUGCCACCUACAGCAUUGGCACCAUGGCUAGUCUAUACCGAGGAGGGUACAGCCGCUUCACUCCCUACUAGCAAGACAGACCCAGGCCCUCCUCACAAUAAUAACACUGACUGCUCCUUAGAAACCAAACCAAAAUCAAAUGGACAUGGGGCGCCCUGCCCCAUGCUGCUGGCUCUCAGCAGCCUAAACCACAUAUUUCUUUACCUCAAGCCGCCUUCCCACGCCUCACAUCCCAACGGCCUCUGAUGGUGUACAGCCAAGUUUUGUUUCCAUUUCCAAAGCAACCAGCCAGGGGGUUGGGACAGGUACCGCCUUUCACCAGACAAAGCCACCAGCAAGCAGAACCUCAAAGAGGACAUUCCCAGAGCCCGUCCUGCUUUCCUGUCACACCCCAUUCUAGGAGUCCUUGGUGGGACAAGGUUGCACUCAAGACAGCCCCACCUCACCCAGUAAACCAUCCUGCAUUGUGCUGGGUGUUUCAGUCUUACACAUCUCAAGAGACAGGGAGAGGAUGUAGUCCAAAAGACCUCAGGAUCUUAUCCCUCUCAGACAGACAUUGCCCGUUCUCUUCACUCACCCCUGAGGGGGAACAUCAGUGCUGCUAGCAUUAGGUUAGGCCAGGUGGGCAGGGCCGUAGGCCAUCCUAGAAUACUCAGCUGCACAGGCAUUACAUGCUUAGGUGUGCUCAGUCUCUGAAUGAGCAGCAGGGAGGCCCUUUCCCACCCUCAUCCAGGAGUGGCGUCUUCAGGAGGGAUGGGAGACGGGGCGGGACUUUUGCCACUAAGCAUGCCUUGGUGGGGGCCAGAGAGCAUCCUGUGUCCCCUGGGAUUAAUGUCACCCAGAAGCAAUAGCCCAGGGGAAGGGCUCCUUCCUAGGUUCAGCAAAGGGUUCAACAGCAAAAUGAAGGAGCUGGCUGGGAACAGCCUCUGAGUGGGCUGAAUGAUCCCGGCUCCUUUUUCAGUGCUGUAGGGGAGGUGGAUCACGCCCACUCUUCUAGACAAGACCAGCACAGGCUUUUUGCACAGCAGGGGAACUGGAGGGGAGGGCUUUUGUGCAGAGAUAGGAGGUGGGCCAUGGUGGAGGAUCAGAGGGGCUGAGUGCCAGCGCUCCACUUCCCAGUUCUGUCACUAUGGACCAGCACGCACCAGAGAGCACCAGGCUCUCCCCCACCUCCUGCUGCAGCACUCUCCCCCCGCCCCCCCAAGGCCACUGCCUGCAGGUUGCUCCAUGGAACGUUCUGCCUUUGUUUUCUGUUGUAGUGAAACCUUCAGCUGUUUCCUUCUGGGACCAGGAAGGGCACAAAACAUUUUUUUUAAGCAAAGCAACAAAACAAUUACAAAACUAACGAGCCAAGCGACUGAGUGAAAGCCCCCUUCUGUCCACACAUGCGCCCCAAGCGACAGGCCUUCCGGAGCGCAAGCACCGACCGACCCAACUGGACGGAGGGACGGCAGCUGCCCACAUACUCUGCAAAGCUGUCCACGCCGGGAGAUCCGUGCCCUGCUCCCCUGCUGCGGACCAUGGGGCCAGGAGGGAGAGGUGCUGACACAGACUGGACUCCGCAGGCCCCAAGGCCACCAUGUCUUCCUUCCAGCCCUCCUGAAGAACUGUGGCUCUCCCAUGCUGCAGAUUAUGCCACGAGUGCACCUGCAGGGCUAACAAUCCUGCUUCUUGCUUCCCAAUGCUUUUUGUGCUUUGCUGGUUCAUCCAUUUGUCAAAGUGGCAAGGCCUUGGAUUCCCCAGGCUGGGCAGGGCCGGGCCAGGGGCUCUUGGGGAGCAGCCACCCUGUGCCAGUGGGGAGGGGUUCUUUGAAGAGAUUGCACUUUGCCCUCUCUCCACCUGAGGCUCCCAGCUGGUCUCGACCAAGAUCAUCCAUGCCUUGCCCCUGGACCCCACAUCUGCCAGGAGACUCCACGUCUGGUCUCGAGGGCCACGAGGUGCCAUGUGCCCUUUUGCAGUGCCUGGGGCAAGCACAUCCUGAAGGACCGAGCCAGGGCCCCCUGGUGGUGGCAGGAAGUGAGGCAGGCCAGGGCGCUAAGAGAAAGAACUACUUGCUGCACAAACAAAGCAAACGUCUGCUAGCGCGAGUCCCCACUUGCUGCUGCCACUGGCACUCCGCUCAUCAGUGUCCUUCCUGCUGGGGGCUUUAGUGGGAGGAGGAGCGCAUGCCCUGUGGCCCAUUGCCCCCCUCCGCCCCCCAAGCCAGAUGGACUCAGGGCCUCCCCCUUGCCCCUGACCCCACCUCGGCUUCUUCAUUUCAUCAAACCUCACUUUCUAUUCAGCAUUAAAGCUCCUGACACGCCAGCAACCAGAUGAUCCUCCUUUUCUAUUCCCGUUGUACAUAGCCCCCUCCUUCCCCGUCCCCCCCUGCCCUUGUACAAAGCCCCUCCCAUUUGCUGUGCGGACUCCCACCCCCGGGAGCAUCGGCCACCCGCCCCAUUCUGUAUGCUUCUAAGGUGUGACCGUUCGAAUAAAACAGUAUUAUGGUUAAUUAUUAUUUAUUGAUUAUUAAGAUUAUUAAUAAAGGUUUCUUUCUUCAA